CGGAAGCGCGCUGUGUGAGAAAAGCAACCCGGCAACAACAAAGGCCGGUGAUUGGUGGACCGCUCGUCCUUUGGAUUGGCCGUUGAAGCUAACGACGCCAAGGAGACGUUACUGAGGUUUCUCGGCAAUUUGAGGGAAACGAAAUGGAGGGGUGUGUGUCUAACCUCACGGUGUGUAACCUGGCCUACCACGGGAAGCUGGAGGAGUUGAAGGAGAGCAUCCAGUCCGAUAAGUCCCUGGCUACUAGAACUGACCAGGACAACAGGACUGCAUUGCAUUGGGCAUGUUCAGCUGGACAUACAGAAAUUGUUGAAUUCUUGCUGCAACUUGGAGUGCCAGUGAAUGAUAAAGAUGAUGUGAGUUGGUCUCCUCUUCAUAUUGCUGCUUCUGCUGGCCGGGAUGAGAUUGUAAAAGCCCUCCUGGGAAAAGGUGCCCAAGUGAAUGCUAUCAAUCAAAAUGGCUGUACUCCCCUACAUUAUGCAGCUUCAAAAAAUAGACAUGAGAUUGCUGUCAUGUUACUAGAAGGUGGGGCGAAUCCAGAUGCUAAGGACCAUUAUGAGGCUACUGCAAUGCACCGGGCAGCAGCCAAGGGUAACUUGAAGAUGAUUCAUAUCCUUCUGUACUACAAAGCAUCCACAAAUAUCCAAGACACUGAGGGUAACACUCCCCUACACUUAGCCUGUGAUGAGGAGAGAAUGGAAGAAGCAAAACUGCUGGUGUCCCAAGGAGCAAGCAUUUACAUUGAGAACAAAGAUGAAAAGACACCCCUGCAAGUGGCCAAGGGUGGCUUGGGUUUAAUACUCAAGAGAAUGGUGGAAGGUUAAGCAGUUUGGAUAGUGUAAGUUUCUUAUUGUGUAAGUUUUGUCAUCUCCAUUGUUCUGGAACCUAAUGUAAUUGUGCACAAGGUAUUAUGUAUGAUUAGUAAAGUUUUCUCACCUUUAAAAUCUUAGAAACACAUGUUGGAUUGGUCUUGCUGAGGUACUUGUUCUAAGCUUUAAAACUGCUUUCCAAGCACUGAGUAACUGUUAAGGUUGUUCUGUUGUCACAUAUUAUUCUGUAUUGGAUUGUGGGUCAUUUUGAGUGAAUAUGGCUGUAAUUUUUUUGGCUAUUGUGAGUCUUGAGUUCUCUUCCAAGCACCUUCUUGCCCUCUGUGAAGCAGAACAACCCCACCCUUCAAACAUCCUUGUCUUCAAGCUCACUGAGAGGCCUGUGCCAAAUAUUUCUGUAUUUUCAAACAUGAAGCUUACUUUAUUUUUUUUUACAGGAGGAAUACUUACAUAUUUUAAUGGACCAAAUUGUAGAGAGUAUGUUCUAAAAUAAUAAAGAAACAAUAGCCUGUAUAUGCAUGUACCUUUUUGAUGAGCUGGUUCUCCAGAAACAAGUUGUAUCACCUUUUUAAAGGAAUUAAAAAUAUCUAUAUAUACUCAGCUUUUAUUGAAAAGAAUGUUAAGCUUGCUUGUUAAAAAGUGGCAAUGUACCAAAAAUGUACUUUCAUUUGUAUUUCAAAAACAAUAAAGUUAAAACGUUGGAAGAA